AUGCAGCCGAACAUGGAACGACGGGUUCUCGUAUACCAGUGCGGUACGCGCUCUGUGGUGAACUUGAGCGAGACUCGGACAUGUUCCUCCCCUUCACGUUCCCGCUGUCUUCCAUCCGAGUCAUCGACAACGUGUCAAGGGAGCCGACCACGCGAGGCGGCAGGCUUUCUGGGCAACACUACCACCGCUGCUGCCGAGCGGAGCGCGCUCGACUCUCUAUGCAGCACACUCACCGUGAACACGGUAACGGACCCGAGGGAUGCAUGGUGGGUUGACGGGGUUCUUUCCCAAACAGCUCUCUCGCCAUCUCCUCGAUUGCCUCCGCCUCCGCCUCCGCCUCCGCCGCCUGCUCGAUGCACAAGUAGUCAUGGCGUCAACGAUACAAUAGGCAAACCAAAGAGCGCUCGAGCUGAAGCGCUAUCGAAGCGGUGCCCACACCAGAGUCUUCAGGGGAUGAGCCUCAGCCCAUUUGUGGAUGACGUGCACAGCUGUGGCGACUCGGCGGCACUUCCGGAAAGCGACUGCCAUUUUUCAUCGUUUGCCGAGUGGCCUCCGGUUGCAGUGGUUGCGUCCUCGAGUCCUGUGCUGUUGUCUUGUGACCAAGUAGGUACCCAGGCUUCGGUGCGCUGUGCUGCAGCUGGAGUCGUGCCUGGUGAGUGGAUGUCGGGCGUUGGGACUGACGGUCACGAGACUAUGCAUGGGUUCACUCAACCGCCACUAGAACUGGCGACCUCUUUCCAGACAGGCAAAGUGGAAUCCGCUGCUUAUACCGACCCGGCACUAAGCGCGAGUAGUGAGUGUAGUGACACCGUUUCAGCGCUUCGUGAGUAUAGUAGGAUGGGGCCACUGUCGCACUUGCUCACGUCUAACGCCGACCGUGGAAUCGUCCCCAUCGUUGCCACGGGUGCGGAGCGUGUGCUCUUCGGCGAGGAGGACGACUUCAUGGACCUGUCCACUGCCUCACCCAGUUGUUGCAUCCCUCAGCCGGAGUUGCAGACAACGCGUGCCGCACUCUGCGCAGCAGUCGAUGCAGUGGCGCACACGCCUCCUCGUCCUCGCGACGUACGACCGAGCGCGCUGCUCGCUUCGAAUCACGACGGCACCGGUGGAUGUGAAAGCACCGACUGCAGCUCCCACGAGCACUUCUCCGUUCACUACGCUGCAACCUCUGUGUCAUCCUACACAACACCUAGCGAGUCUGGGCUAUCUGCCGCGGCCCCUGUGGGUUCCACUGGAGAGUCGCUGGACGCAAAGUUGCCGGGUGACUGCACGCCUGUGAAGGAAGGCCUCACACCAAAAGUCAUCAAGGACGAUGCCGGGGCUCUGUUGGCCGUGGCGAAGGAUGACCAGACUGAGGGUACGCCCUGUGCGUCCACAGCUGUUGCGGGGGCGAGCGGCAGUCUAUCUGCAUUGAAAACACCCAUGCCGUCGCCGCUUCGCCAAGAGCUUUUCCUUCGUCUGCUCAACGACCACACCGUCUCAGCCGCCCACACGCCGGCAGCGCAUACAGGUUCCUCGACUUCCUCGCUUCCGAAUGCCGGUAUCCUCGCCACACCCACGCCGCUGCAUCGGCCACAUAGAUGGAGAGGCGCCAGCGCAACUCCAGGGUGCGAAAGCGUGGCGCUGAUUACAGGAUUUCCUACGCCAGUGAAACUGUCACCCAUACCCACGAAGGGUUUUUCGGUGUACCCCGACCUUGCUGCCAGCGACGCCGUUGCGACAGCAGACACCAUCCUGACCUCCACGCCUCGUGCAUCCGUCUCAUCGUCUCCUGCAGUAUCUGCAAUUCAGGGCGAAGCGUACGAAUGCGAUGGCGACGAAGAUGACGCAGUUACGCCGGAUGCUGUGAUGGACCAGCUUGUGAUGGCAAAGAACGCUUGCGCUGCGAGGCGCCAGUCAACCAGUUUAUGGGCCUCCGUAGGGGGUGGUGUACCACCCUACUCCGAUGGCAACAUGGCCGACUACCUGAGUUGUGGGCACAGCAUCAGCAGCAUCAGUUCGGAGUGCUCUGUGUCACAGAUCUGCGUGGGGGCCCGCCAGACAACCCGCGUCUGGACACCGCACUCCAGCGAGGUAUCGCAGCAGCAACAGCUGACGCAGCCGCCCUCAUCUUGCAUCGAUGGCCACUCUUCGCGUCUCCUGAACAGCUUCCCUUCCAGCACUGCUGUGCCGCCGCAGCCACCGCUGCCGCAGCCGAUCUCUUUGUACAGCUCCACCACGUUAGGCACUCCCAGCACUUUUCCAUGCGAUCACACCUUCUCUGCUCAUUUAAACCGAUCUCGCACAGCUUUGCGCUCCGAGCGAGCCGCUGAAGAGGUGUCAGGGGACUCGACAGCGAUUUCGGCGAUCUUCAGGGAGGUGCAGGCGCAACCAUUGCACCAGCCGCCUCAAAAUCUAAGCAGCUCCGAUGUCCUGACUGGUGGCCUUGCACUGAUGCACAGUUCUACGGAUCGCUCUAUAAGUGGACGGGCCAUGCCCAGCUAUGUCGCCGACACGCUGAGCCUCGGUAUCCCGACAGUGCCCACGACCCAGUCCCCAGCGCAGUCGUUUGGCGAUAGCUGUUACUCUCCCUUCAUGCCACCACCCACGCAGUACAUUCAAGCUCUGACCAUUCCUGGACUUGGGCGGCGUAACCUGCCCCUUGCACACGCGGCGCAGCGCGCGGACCUUGCCGUGGAGAGUUCGGAGGGCGACACUGGUGGCACUGCGUUCAUCUGUGGGGCACAGCGGAGCGGACGACAGGAGACAAAGCAGCCCGCAUUGAUGUCCCCUGUACUCAACGACAAUGAAGAGAGAAAGACGUCACCGUGCUCUACAGCGGUGCCGUCUUCGGUCAAGCUACCAGUUCUACCUCUGCUGGUGACCUCACCAGUGUCAUCGAACCCCACACAGUUCUUCGAUGUCCAGCAACUACGGUUCCCAAACUUGGAGGAGACCCAGUGCGAUGCGAUCCAUGACCGGAGAGCUUUUCGCUCUGCAUUCCUGCAGUCUCACUCAUUCCACAAGGAGCCUGGGCGACUGAACCGCAGCGUCCUACCAGCAUCACCGUGUGCCUCGUCGAUUUCAAGCCAGCUGCGGCGGUCGUCCUCAUCAAAGCUAUCCGCCGCCUCACCGCAGGGAUUCUGGCAACCGCACCCUGGGCUGUCGUCCACCAAAGACGCAUCGUGCAACGGGGAAGUAUCGCACGCGCACUACCAUUCCACCUUUACAGGCACUUCGCACUCCUCGACCUACUUCAUUGACUCAUGGCUUUGA